CGGAAGCGCGGGCGGGCGGCGAUGGCGGCGGCCGUGUCGUCGCUGAGCAGUUUGGGGGUCCCCGAUGGCGACGGAGGGAGCUCCUCGGAGGAGGAGGAGGCGGGCCCCAGCGCGGCGGCGGCGGCGGCGGCGGAGCAGCGGCGGGAGGAGCGGCUGCGCCGGUUCCGGGAGCUCCACAUGAAGCGGUACGAGGCUUGCAAGCUGAACAGCCAGGAGGUGGUGGAGGAAGACAAAAGACUUAAAUUGCCACCAAACUGGGAAGCUAAAAAAGCUCGGCUGGAGUGGGAGCUGAAGGUGCAGGAAAAGAAGAAGGAGUGUGCAGCGAGAGGAGAGGACUACGAGCGGGUCAAGCUGCUGGAGAUCAGCGCCGAGGACGCCGAGAGGUGGGAGAGGAAAAAGAAGAAGAAAAAUCCCGACCUGGGCUUUUCAGAUUACGCGGCGGCGCAGCUGCGCCAGUACCAGAGGCUGACACGGCAGAUCAAACCCGACCUGGAGCAGUACGAGAAGCUGAAGGAGCAAUACGGGGAAGCGCUGUACCCCACCUCCGACAGCCUCCUCCACGGGACUCACGUGCCGUCCAAGGACGGGGUGGACAGGAUGGUCGCGGAUCUCGAGAAACAGAUCGAGAAGCGGGAGAAGUACAGCCGGAGGAGACCCUACAAUGAUGACGCCGACAUCGACUACAUCAACGAGAGGAACGCCAAGUUCAACCAGAAGGCAGAGAGGUUCUACGGGAAGUACACGGCCGAGAUCAAACAGAACCUGGAGAGAGGGACGGCCGUCUGAGGCAGCUCCCGGGGCACAGUGCACAGCCCUGGGGCUGGGCAAGGGCAGUGCAGGGUUUACAGGCAGUUUUAUUAAAAAAAAUAAAAAGCAUUAUAGCUGUUGCUUCCUGAAAUCCAUGGUGGGUUUAAUGGAGUAGAAGUGAUUUGCAGCUGUACACAGCUUUGAUUGCAGGAGGAGCCAGCUUGUUCAAUCUUGUGUUCUAAAUAAAGACCAGUUUUAGUCUAA